ACGAUGGAAACUUCUUAUUCAGAGACACAAGUAUCCCAUAAUUCGAAAAGUAAUCAUCUUUCAUUUAUCAUAGCAUCAUGUUCAAGCUGGCUAUACUUUCCGUUAUCCUGGCUGUUGCUGCUGCCUUCCCUGGGGGCCUAACUGGUAUUGUUUUAAAUCAUGAUUUGGGGCCAGUUCACACACCCCAAAUUAUCAGUCAUGGGCAUGUGAGUCUCCCACAUGUAAUUGCUCAGCCAAUUGCUCCGGUUGUUCACAAUGCUCCCAUCGUAACUAGAACUUUCCUACCCUCUCAUGGACACGUCCUUGGACAUGGUUUGCAUGGACUUCAUGGUUAAAAAACUGAAAUUCAAAUAUUAUCGUUUUGGUUUCAUUGGCUACUAUUGUCUGAAAAACGGCAUUAUUAUCAUCAUUUAAAAUUUUCUUAUUGAAACGUCAAAAUUAUAAAUCAAGUUACUGUCCUUAUAUUGUCAUUCAUUGAAAUUCAUAAUAAAAUUUAUUUGCUAUUAAA